AUGAUCUUACUGCAGAAAAUGGCUGCACUUCACCAUGAGAGAGAACUUCAGCAAGUAGAAAGUUUUAAUGAAAGAAUCGAACUAAUAGAAAAGAAACAAAAGGAAAUGGAAUCAACGGUUGGUGAAUGUAAAACAAGCCUUGAAUUUACGCAAGGGUUAAUUGAUGACAAAAUAAAGGACAUGGAUAAAGCAUUAAACGAAAAGAUUGAAGGGAUUAAACAAACAAACGAACAGCAACGACUAGAUGGGAUUGGUGAAACAGAGGGAGAGAAUUCGGAGGAAAUCGAAGACAAGGUACAGAUGUUGUUUAAAAAUCGAUUAAUCAUCACAAAAGACAUAGACAUUGAAAGAAUGGGACCAUAUACAGCACAAGAUAACGCUAGACCAUGGAGAAUAAUAUUUAAAUUACUGAAUUACAAAGACAAACUCUUAAUAUUAAAAUAUGCUAUCAGAUUAAAGGACACGAACAUCUACAUUAAUGAUGAUUUUUCAGAUACAACAAAGGAAAUAAGAAAGGAAUUGAGAGUACAAAUGAAAAAAGACAGGGAAAACGGAAAAUUCUCGCGAAUUGUUUAUGAUAGACUGAUCACAAAAGAAUUCAAAGAGAAGAAUACAGGCGAAAACUAA